AUGCUUGAAUCAUCCAAUACCUCCGUCGAUGCCAUUUUCAAGGAGUAUGUCCAUCGUGGCUUCCUUCCAGAUGGACUACCCCUGGAAAGCCUCCCAAGCCCCUACUACAAGGCAUGGGAAGACAUCGCCAGCCAACUCCCAGCUCUCAUCCAGACAGGCCAGAUCCGAGACAUGAUCGAUAAUCUGCCAGUCUGUUCAAUUGAGCAUCUCCAAACAGAACGGGAAUGGCGUCGUGCAUAUGUCAUCAUGGGCUAUCUCAGCCAUGCCUACAUCUGGGGAGGAGACAAGCCCAAAGAAAUUCUGCCCCCUUCCAUCUCAAAACCGUUCCUUGAAAUAUCUUCUCACCUCGAAGUCCCCGCCUGCGCAACCUACUCAGGCCUCACCCUGUGGAACUUCAAAGCCCCAUCUCCAAAUGCAGACACCACAGACCCAGACAAUCUUCAUGUGCAGACCUCCUGGACCGGCACAAAAGAUGAAGAAUGGUUCAUGCUCAUCUCCGUCGCUGUCGAAGCCAAGGGUGCCCGAUUGAUCUCGCAGAUGCAGGAGGCUAUCAAAGCUGUCACUGCCAACGACGCAGAUCUCCUUACUUCUCUGCUAUACCGUUUCGCGGAUGGUCUAAGUGAUCUCACGCUGACGCUUAAGAGGAUGUAUGAGCAUAACAGACCUGCUGUCUUCUUUCACCAGCUGAGGCCUUUCCUUGCUGGUAGCAAGAAUAUGGGACCGGCUGGUUUGCCCAGGGGUGUUUACUAUGAUGUCGGCGAUGGGGUCGAGAGGCCCGAGAACUGGAAGCAGUUGAGUGGUGGGAGUAAUGCACAGAGUUCGUUGAUUCAGGCGCUUGAUAUCUUCUUGGGUAUUAAGCAUUCUGAUUCGGCCUCUGGUGAGAAUUUCAUUGAGGAAAUGCGCAAAUAUAUGCCUGGUCCACACAGACGUUUCCUUCAAAGCCUCGCUGCGAUCUCUAAUAUUCGUACCUAUAUCCAGUCAUCGGCUGAUAAGUCGACUGAGAAAGAAGCCUACAACGCUGCUGUCAAUGAGCUCAAGGCUUUCCGGGAUACACACAUCCAGAUGGUUACUCGGUACAUUGUCAUGGCAGCGAAACAACCCAAUCCCUUGAAGCAGGACACUGACCGGGUCAACUUGGCCACGGCGAGCCAAGCCACCGAGAAAGAACACCAUCUUGCUGGGACUGGUGGCACGAAUUUGAUUCCUUUCCUCAAACAUACCAGAGAUACUGUCCAGGAAGCGAAGUGUUAG